AUGUCGAAGCGUGGUAAGUACAUGGUUAGUUUUUUUGUUGACUACUCCGGCACGAGAAGGAAGCUGCAACAGUACUUGAUUUUUUUUAAGGACGUGGUGGCUCUUCGGGAGGCAAGUUUCGCAUCUCUCUGGGUCUUCCCGUUGGGGCAGUGAUCAAUUGUGCUGAUAACACUGGCGCUAAAAAUCUCUAUGUAAUCGCUGUUUUUGGCGUCCGCGGUCGCCUCAACCGUCUCCCCUCGGCUGCAACUGGCGACUGUGUCGUCUGUUCUGUGAAGAAGGGCAAGCCGGAGCUUCGGAAGAAGGUUUGGCAGGCCGUGGUUAUAAGACAACGGAAGUCAUACCGGAGAAAGGACGGGACCUUUAUCUACUUCGAAGAUAAUGCGGGUGUUAUUGUGAAGCCCAAUGGUGAAAUGAAAGGUAAGUGACCCGAGAGUACCACAUGCAAUUAAAAUAUCGCUCGAGGCGCAUGCCAAAUUACGCUGCGGUCCCCGACGGCGUCCAGACAGCAUGCCACAAUGAUGUGCCAGCCCUUUAACACCAUGAACACUGGCCACAACCACUUAUUUAUGCACACCUUAGAUGAACAGUCAAGCGUUUAUGCCGAUUUGGUUUUUCCUGACAGUCCGACAUUCCUGUUUUAACGCCCAUUAAGGGUUCAUCAACGAUACACGCCUGGACUUGCAGGCCGAUGUGGUAGUGUGCCGUAGUCGUUUUGCGGCCCUUAAGCAUCUGACACUAUUCCCUGACGUUCCAGUUUCCUAGUUUGGGGUUUUUGUUGCAUUUUCCUUGUGACGGCCACGAACGCCCCUUCCGAGACGGAAGCACUAGAUCAAAACGGUGACCACAUUAACUCAUGGGACGCCGUUGUUAGACCGCCCCAAGUCUGUACGACUGAUGUGCGUCUGUGAGGCGAGCACUAGACGGUGGCAGACCUCGCUCCAGUCAUCCCGACCAAUCUCGCCAGUCGCUAAAAACCUCGGACAGUCCAUCAGUUCUAGGGAGAAAGAAGUAGUGGUAAGUGCGCUACCCUGGAGUCCAUCGUCACGACAACAGUGUAUUCUUCAUAGUAAUAGAACUUACACGAACUUAUAACGACGCGUCAAGUAUCAUGGCUUCAGGCGUUGCCAACAGACGAGUUAACUCAGUCUUGCGCAGGACUGAAGGCCAAAUUUCAUUGGCCUCUCAACGCAUCUGGCAUGGCACUCACGUGUGGCCAAAGAUCGCGUAAAUGGAGCUUGCUGCAUAUGGGAUCGUGGACGGGUCGUGUCACUCGUAGACGGGUAUAGCUUUGUCAACCAUUGAGCUCACACCUACUUACAAUCGUCGAGACGUGUUGGGCGCAGUAAGAGCGAGGCAGAUGCAACGAAGGUUUGCUUUUCUGUGCCAUUUCAGCUCUAAUGUCAAGUGCGUUCAAAUUGCGGGGCUGGGCCUUAUCUUGUCGCUUGCGACGGCAACUCUAUCAAAAGGGUUUGUUUCUACGAACUCACCAUUGUCGGGCGCUGUAGAGUUCACUGCCAUCACAAGUGAGCUUUCUGGGCGUCGAACCAUUGCAUUUGCGACACGUGGUAACUGGCAUAUUGUUUACCUACUUUGUUUUAACAUCCAACGGCUGCUUUUCAGUUCCAUUCGAUUAAAGUCCACCUUUUUUUUGUAGGUUCCGCCAUUACGGGUCCUGUUGCAAAAGAAUGUGCUGACAUGUGGCCUAGAAUAGCUUCCAACGCGGGAUCCAUUCACUGA